CUCUUAUAACACUCUCAGCAUUAUUAGGUGACCCACCAACAUAUUACUACCUGCGGGGCUCGGCACAUCUAAUCUUUGUACGUAACUCUGAUAUUUCACCACUUCCCUUAGGCGGAUUAUUUAUUCAUUUUGUGGCAUUCAACAUCAGGCAAUAUCAGGAAUAAUGACUCUGUUGGGUCCUCUUUCGGUAUUCUUGACAUCACUGCUGGCAAUACCUCUUGCCUAUAUCUGUAAUCAGCUCAGCACAAUGAAGGACCCUGUGGUCAUGUUAAUUAUUGGUGCUGUGGCACUAGUAACAGUAGCAGCCACACCCUACUUUCUCAUGAGAAAUAAACCACAACGAACUGACAACUUCUUCUAUGUGCUUAGUAUAUUCACUUUUGCAUCUGUUAUUGACUUGGUCAUUGCCCUCGAGAAUGAUGGCCUCAUUGCAAACUUCAUGGAGUUCUACUUACGUGAUGGAGAGCCAUACCUAAAAACUGCCCAUGGCACUAUGAUUUCUUACUGGGAUGGAAUAGCACACUAUGCCAUGUAUCUUAUGAUUUUGGCUGCACAGUCAUGGAACCAGAGUUACCGUGACGUAGGCCUCUACUGGGCUGCCUCCAUUGGCCAUAGCAUGCUGAUCUUGAUGCCUGGCAUAUUUAUGGGCAGCCAUGGAAUGCGAUGGCCAUGUCUCCUCAAUCUGCCAUAUAUUGUUGUACCAUUUUACUAUGGGGCAAGAUUUCUGCUACAGGGAAGAGCACAUGAAGGUCGACAGGUUAAAGAAAAGACCAACAUGCAACAUGCCAGCUUAUGGCGCCGUCCAGCUGAUAUUUUUUUCAUCAUCUUUUUCAUGGCUGCAAUCUGCUUAGCAGUUUUGAGGUUUAUUGCAGCUCUUGGAGGUAGUGUGCAGGUGGCUCAGCAGUACCGUGACCAACUAGAGCCAUACCUGGCUGACAAUGCUUAUCCCAAGGUGCAGAUGAUGGUGUACCUGUUUUAUUUCCUGCCUUAUUAUGUAGCUGCAGUGUACGGUCUUGUUUGGCCUGAAAAUACUUGGAUGUUGGACUUGUCACUGAUACAUGCUGGUGCAGCUGCACAGGGUCAGUUUGCUCACAUUGGGUCAUCAUUUCACUACCGUACUCCUUAUGUGCAUCGAGUACCGCAGGGUGGACGAGCUCGAUUUCUCUUUUGGCUGAUCAAUGGAGCAUUGUUCCUUGUGCCUCAGCUGUUUGCUUACAGAUGUCUCAAUUUUCCUAAUUUCUUCUCCCCCAAAACUGUUUCCAGCAAUAAAAAUGAAAAUUCAGUUGUCCAUGCAAACCCUACAAAAAAGUUAAACUAGACCCUACAAGACUGUGGAAUUGUUAAAAUAAAUUAUCUAUUACAUAAAGUAUAAGAUAUACCA